GAAAACAAAACAAGAUUCUAAGAGUUUUGAAUGCAAACAAAAGAGCAAGAAAGAAAGAGAAGAUUAUACUACAUAGAAAAAGGGAGAUAGCAGAUGGAGUGGAGGAAAUGGUACUUAGAUGCAGUUCUUGUUCCAUGUGCUUUACUUUUGAUGUUUUGUUACAAUAUCUACUUGUGGUAUAAGGUUCGAACCGAACCUUUCUCUACCAUCGUCGGCACUAACGCCCGUGCUCGUCGAUCUUGGGUUGCCGCCAUCAUGAAGGACAACGAGAAGAGAAACAUCUUAGCGAUACAAACACUCCGAAACACGAUAAUGGGAGCGACGCUAAUGGCCACAACUUGCAUCCUUCUCUGCUCAGGCCUCGCCGCCGUUUUAAGCAGUACUUAUAGUAUCAAGAAGCCUCUGAACGACGCCGUAUACGGUGCUCAUGGUGACUUCACAAUGGCAAUUAAAUACGUAACCAUACUCACAAUCUUUCUCUCCGCCUUCUUUGCUCAUUCUCUCUCCAUUCGCUUUAUCGGCCAAGUCAACAUCCUCAUCAACGCUCCUCAAGAACCUUCCUCUGAUGAUUUUGGUGGAAUAGGAAGCUUCGUGACUCUCGAGUAUGUCUCUGACCUACUCGAAAAAGCUUUCUUGCUUAACACUAUAGGUAAUAGGCUUUUCUACAUGGGCUUGCCUUUGAUGCUAUGGAUCUUUGGGCCUGUGCUUGUGUUCUUGGGUUCUUCGCUGAUGGUUCCGGUUCUUUAUAACCUCGACUUUGUUGUUAUGUUGAGUAAUAAGGAGAAGGGUAAAGUGGAUUGCCAUAUAGGUCCUGAAUUCUGAUGGUCAUUGCUCUCCUUAAUUAUAUAUUUAAUUUUGAUGUUGAAUAUAUAAUGAUUAAUAAUAAACUUUAUUUGUGUUCA